AUCCAAUAAAACAUAACUGGUUAACGUUUGACCAGACAGGAUGGGGCUGCUCAGAUCACUCUGAAGUCUGAGCAGUGACUUGCUCGAUCUCUCCAGCAAGACUGUGAUCAUGACACCCAUGGUGCAUCUGUUGUUGCUCCCACUCCUGUUCAGCAUUGCUGCUGGGAAGGAUCUGGAGGAAAAGAAGGGCCCAUUUGAGAACACGGAACUACACGUGCCAGAGGGGACACCAGUGCCGUAUCCCAUACAUCAGUUUCAGGUGACCCAUCCAGGCGUUAAUAAUUUCAGGCUGAGUGGGGAAGGUAAGGAAGACAUUCAGAUUUCAAGGGACGGGUGGCUGUACCUGGAGAAGCCUCUGGACUGGUCUCAAGAUGACCAUUACAUGAUCAUGGUGGAGGCGUUGGCAGAUGAUGAAGUUGUGCAUGGCCCAGUUUACGUGAUCAUAAAUGUGUUGGACAUCAACAACAACGCUCCGUACUUCAACCAGAGUGACUACACAGCUGUGGUUAGAGAAAACAAUCCGGCAGGAGUCCCAUUUACCCGUGUGUUUGCGUUGGAUCAGGACAACCCACAAACUCCCAACGCUCAUCUGACCUACAGCCUGGUCAGCCAGAUCCCCAACAAACACAACAUCCUCCUGUUCCAGAUCGACCCUAACACUGGAGUGAUCUCCACCACAGAAGAAGGGCAACAGGGCAUAAAGGCCAGAGAGGGCAUCCAGUAUGGCAGAGGAGAAGAUCAGAGCAUUGACGCACUGAGGACAAAGUUUAACAACUACUGUCCAGUGCAGCAGGUCCCCUAUGAAGAAAACCCCUUCUUCACCUGUGUGGAGAGAGCAGAAAUGAGGAGGAGGAAUUUUGCCCCCCUGGAGGACCCAGACUACACCCUGACUGUGCGCGUGCAGGACCUGGGAGGAGCGUCGGAGACCGCGCUGAGUGGAAACGCAAGAGUGCACAUUGUUGUGCAGCAAAACCUGUGGUUCAAUCCUGGACCACUAACUGUUAAAGAGCACUUAAAUGAAACUUACCCUCUGGUCAUCGCAAAGGUCCAGUCUAAUGAUCUCAACGCCAUCUACACGUUAGUGCAGAAAGAGCGGGUGCUGAAAUUCCCCUUCCAGAUCACAGAGGAUGGAGAAAUACAUCUGACAGAGGAGCUGGACAGAGAAGACAAGGACAUGUACAUCCUGGUUGUGAUGGCAACGGAUAACAGUGGCAAAGAGGUGGAUCCACCCAUGGAGAUUCAAGUUUUGGUGGAGGACGUGAAUGACAACGCACCCGUGUGUGAAAAUGAGGAGAGUGUAUUUGAGGUGCAGGAGGAUGAGCCUCUAGGCGUCCUGAUUGGACAGUUGUUGGCCCGUGAUGACGAUGAAGACGGGACACUGAAUGCUCAACUGACUUACACCAUCAUGUCCCAGAAUCCACCCACUACACCCAACGCCUUCUCCAUUGAGGCUGCUUCUGGAAGAAUUCAGGCAUUGCGCUCGCUGCAGCGAAAAGACCAACAGGUGUAUAACCUCAAUGUCAGAGUCAAUGACCCAGUUUUCAGCACAGAUUGUAAGGUCGUCAUCAAGGUCAUUGACGUCAACAAUGAGAUGCCUCAGUUUGAGAAGAAUGAUUAUGGCAGUCACACUCUAGCAGAGGACACUCCUGUGGGACACACAGUGCUGACCAUCAGAGCAACAGAUGCUGAUGACCCAGACAGCGGCAGCUCCCGUAUCGAGUUCCACAUUUCUGCUGGCAACGACGAUUACGUUUUUGCUGUGGAAACUGACGGCAAAGGUGUCGGCCAACUGGUCAUAGUAAAGCCUCUGGACUUUGAGUCCUCUCCCACCCGCAAGCUCCAGAUUGAUGCUCGUAACCCAGAGCCACUGAUGGAAGGUCUGGAGUACGGCAACGAAUCCACAGCCUUCGUCUCUGUGUCUGUCACUGACGUAGACGAGGCUCCAGAGUUUAGUAUGGACAUCCUGGAUGUGACUGUGCCUGAAAACACCACCAAGGGAUCAGUUCUGCUCACGGUGGAGGCAAAGGAUCCAGAGGGCAAAGAGAUCGGUUUUAAGUUGGACGGUGACACCCAGGGCUGGCUGGAGAUCGAUGCUGCAACAGGACAGAUCAAGACCAAAGACAAGCUGGACAGAGAAACCCUGGAGACCUUCAAAGUCACCGUCACUGCAUUUGAGAAGGGGAACCCGGAAAAGUAUUCAGAGCGUGUCGUGUCCGUGAGGCUGCUGGAUGUGAACGACAAUGUCCCCAAACUGACAGAGACCCAGGCCUUCAUCUGUGUGGCGAAAAACGAACCCAUCAUCAUCAAGGCCAAAGAUGGAGACAGCGCCCCCUUCUCCCAGCCCUUCACCUUCACCUUGGGUAACGGCAAGAAAUCUCCCAACUGGGAACUGCGCAGCAUUGACGGUACAACAGCUCAACUGACCCUCAAGAAAAAAACAACUGAAGAUAAAACCUUCACACUCCCCAUUAACAUUAAAGACAGUGCAGGCAUGGGAGUCACACAGCCAUUUGAGGUGAGAGUAUGUAACUGCACAGAGCUGGGCUACUGCUACAUGGCACCAGAUGAACGUGGCUUCAAAUAUGGAAUGGGAACCACCAUCGGGAUCCUGGUCGGCACUAUGGGAUUCUGCAUUAUUCUCUUCAUUAUAGUGAUCAAUCGCAUAAAGAAACAGGGCAAGAAGAAAGUCCGGACUGAAGAGGAAGAGAGGAACGCCAUGAUGUAGAGACUACACACACACACAUUUGUACUUCUAUACUUGCGAAUAUACUAUACUCUCUGACAUAAUGCAUUCAUUCAUUGUUAACCGUCACAUCCAUGUGCCUAACCUGAACCCUUACUCUAUUUUAACAUCUGCUCAGGGACAACAGAUGAAAAUUAGACUUCUAAACUAAUUCUGGCUCAUUUACUGUUUUUUUUUUUUUUAAAUAAAUAAAUCAAUAAACCCUCCCCAGCACAACAGCAGAGGUGAGGACUGGACUUUCUAAGAAUGUCCUCUUUCUCAAGAUCUAAAAGAUGAAUUCAUUCUCACAAAGAUAGAUGUACACACACACACACACACACACACACACAUAUUUACUUUAGCUUAUUUUAUUUUAUAUACAAGAGGGAGUUAAGCUUGAUUAAUAAGUUGUGGGAAAUUUUAAUGGAUAAGACUCAGCAAAACGGCGCUGGGGUGACCAAGAACAUGCUUUCUGAAUAUGUUAAACAUAAAUGAUAUAAUUUUGGAAAAAACAUAAUCACAGAAUGGUAAAUGGGAAAUGUUAAAAUGGAUGUAUAACCAAAUAUCAGGUAUGAAUAAGACAAAUGUAUUCAGGUCUCACUAUAAAAGACAACUCUCAGCUGACACCAGAGACGGCUUUAAAUGGCUAAAGUUACUAACAAACGACAGGAAACGUCUGGUUUUAAAGGAGAUUAGAAAGACGCUGAAACUUAACGCAUAAACGUAACUGGAUCCUCACAGACACUCCAUGAAGGGCAAAGGUGAGAAUACAAGACACUUAAUUACUGACACUAGAUGCUGAGAAAACAGGAACUAGCCAGAAUACAUACACACACAUAGGACAGUGAGUUGGUAUAAAACCGUAUGUACUCUGUAUUGAUUCUUCAGUUGUAUCUCGAGUUCGGCUCAGCUUAUUGUGCCAUAAAUCUACAAAAAGUGGACCGAGGUACUGUCUGCCUCUCUUCCUUGUGUUUUGUUUGACUAAAGUUUAUUGAGUGUAUUGACAAAGAACAUCUUCCACAAAGAACUGUGCAUACUUAAUUAAACUGUCAUGCUAAUCGUGCAUUUAUAAAGCUUGUUAACGUAAUUUAUUUAAAUUUCACUCCCAGACUCAGGUUGUUUCAUUAGCAGUUUCAUCAUCUCACAUAAUUCAAUUCUUUACCUGAGAGCUUGUUUUGUUAUUCUCUUCUGCUUGAAUGAAUGUUGUGCGACAGCUGGAAGUAUCUUUAAACCCAGAAUGUCACUGCUGUCACAGUGCUGUCUGUGUAAUGAACAUUACUGUGUUUAUUUAAUAAUGAGCAAUUACUGCUCUGUUUCCCAAUAAACAAAGAAACUAGGAACCAGCUUGGUUUUCACAUCA